AUGGACAGUUGUUUGCAAACUUGGAAAGUUGAAGAAAAUGGGUUGAAAAUGGGUGAGUUAACCGUCAAAUUCCUUUUGUACGCCGAUGAUCAAGUCAUAUUUGCAUCGUCGGCGGCCGAGUUGCAAAUGAUGAUUCAAGACGAUACAGCUGAUUUACAUGGUGUGUCUCAACCAGUAGUAAGUAGGACAUGUAAAAAAGUAGCGGAAAUUUUGUCACGGAAGUCCCGAGAAUUUAUUAAAAUGCCUACUACUUUAAAUGAACAGCAGGAAACCAUUAGGAAAUUUCGCAGUAUUGCUAAUUUUCCUACAGUAAUUGGCGCAAUUGACUGUACUCACAUACGAGUAAAGAAAGUGAAUGCUGAUGGGGGUCAGUUAUAUAUUAAUAGAAAAGGAUUUUCUUCAAUUAAUGUACAGGUAGUUUGUGACGCUGACCUGAAAAUCAUGGACAUUGUUACCAGGUGGCGUGGUAGUGUACAUGACUCCAGAUUAUUCCGAGAAUGUAGACUAAAACAGAGGUUUGAGGCUGGUGCAUUCUCUAGAAUAUUACUUGGUGACAGUGGCUAUCCUUGUUACCCCUUACCUAUUUACACCGCUGCUGAACCCCACAACACCACAAGAAGAAAGAUAUAA